UCUGUCCAGAACGUCCCGGACCACAGCGCACAGCGAGGGUGAGACCCCAGCGGAGUCCUGUCCCCUCGCCUUAAUUCCCAGCAGCCAGACUGGGAACCCCAGCUGACCCGGGAAUCACACCGCAUCCCGCUUCGGAGACUUUACCACCAAUGUCACUGCUGAACUCUGGCUGGCCCCACCGAAGGGAGAGGCUGACCCCUCCGGAGCCAAAUCCACCAGUCAACUCAGACAACGACCCAGGUCACAUGCCAGAGGAGGACCCUGAGGAGACCUGUGCUCAGGAUCCUGAAGUUCUGAGCUUGUGGCACCCUGGCCUGGACACCAACCAAGCCCCCAACUGGCCUGGGCUCCGGACCCUCCUGCAGCAGCUCCCUCCGCAGGACAGCGAUGAGCGCUACUGCCUGGCCCUGGGGGAGGAGGAGCUGGCUGAGCUGCGGCUCUUCUGUGCCCAGCGGAGGCGGGAGGCCCUGGGACAGGGGGUGGCCCGCCUGGUACCUCCCAAGCUUGAAGAAUGCACCUGUGAAAAGUGCAGGGAGCAGCUGAGGCCAGGGGAGUACGGAGUGUUUGCAGCUCGGGCAGGAGAGAAGCGCUGCUGGCACCGGGCUUGCUUUGCCUGCCAGGCCUGUGGCCAGGCCCUGAUAAACCUCAUCUACUUCUACCACGAUGGGCAUCUCUACUGCGGUCGUCAUCACGCAGAGCUGCUGCGGCCGCGCUGCCCGGCUUGUGACCAGCUGAUCUUCUCCCGCCGCUGCACCGAGGCCGAGGGACGGCGCUGGCACGAGAACCACUUCUGCUGCCAGGACUGCGCCGGGCCCUUGGGCGGGGGACGUUAUGCCCUGCCGGGGGGCGGCCCUUGCUGCCCCAGCUGCUUUGAGAGUCGCUAUUCGGAUGCCGGUUCGAGCCCGGCCCCGACACUGGAAGGCAGGGCGUCCCCGGGGGAGGCGGGGCUCGGCAAAGUUGAAGACGCGGACCGCGCCCCGCGGAAUUCCGCGAUCGUCUCCCGGACACUCCUUCUUGCCACUGCCGCCAGUUCCAGUCUGGAAAUCCAGAGGGGGAUGCUUGGGUCCAGCCCGGAGCAGGAGUGUGCAGCUGGGGACCAGGGGGAGGCACCCAGAGGACAAGAGCAGGGCCGCCUAGAGACGCGCCUUGAACCCAAGGAGGACGCUCCCUGCCCCACCUGCUCCUCUUCCUCUGAAUCGGAACCCGAAGGCUUUUUCUUAGGCCAGCCCCUUCCCCGGCCCUGGGAGACCCCCGGCAGUCUCCGAGCUGGGGACCGCGACAUCUCCAGGAAGCACUGCACCAUUUGCUAGUGGCGCAGCCCAGAGAAAG